UAUGAAACCACCACCACCACUACUACUACUACUACUACUACUACUACUACUACUUACUACAGUGUUCGUGGUAACCUUCACCAAGAUCGGUCAAUCGAUUUUAAUUCCAGUGGGAUAAUUCCCAAGGACUUUGACCUCGGUCUUAGUCUAUAUCAGUAUACUGUGCUGCCCUUAUACUGUCAAGAAAAAGGCUACGUUUUCACAGGCUUCGUUAAUGUUUGUUCAUAAAUGAGAAGAUAAGAAUAUACAAUUUAUUUGAAAAGUAAUGCUUUAUUGGUUUUCGGUAGUUUGCUACGAUCUUAUAUACUCGAUCAACAUGGGGAGGGGGAAAGGAAGGUGUUCAAUUUAUCAGCCGAGGCACAAGGAUUCGGCAAAACGUCAUGCAAAUCAUUAUCUCCAUUCAAAGAAGCCGAUCCAUUCUCGCGCUCCGGCGCCUCAAUCCUCAUUACGCUCUAUAUAUCGCACCCCCCAGUAUUUUGAUUUGGUCGAUAUUACGAACCCAUGGUCGAAUUCGCUCCUUCUACUUUCAUUUCUGACCAUUACAACCCUUAACCGUUCUGAACUUAUCACCUACACUUCCAGAUACAGUCCUAUCAACUUGUUGGAUACAUUCCCCCUUAACACCCUCUUCGACCAAUACGCGCAAGCCCCAUUUCUCCCAUGUCUCAAGUCAAGAUUGAAGAGCCCAAGAAUGUGGUUCCAGCGUCGGCUGCAGUCCAGCAAAGUGAUAAUAUAGCACAUGCAUUAGCGGGUGCUGGUGGUGGAGUCCUUUCCAUGGUCCUGACCUAUCCAUUGAUCACGCUUUCAACGAGGGCCCAGGUCGAAUCGAAGCGUGCUCAUUCAACGACCGCUGAUGCUAUCCGUCGUAUAGUUCAGCGGGAAGGUAUUAGCGGGCUGUAUUCGGGCCUUGAGUCGGCGCUUUUCGGCAUCAGCGUUACCAACUUUGUCUACUAUUAUUGGUAUGAAUGGACACGCUCGGCCUUCGAGAAGGCUGCUGCAAAGGCUAGCCGAGCCUCCACAAAGCUCACAACAGCCGAAUCCAUGAUUGCUGGGGCUAUCGCCGGAAGUGCAACGGUACUGAUCACUAAUCCUAUCUGGGUUGUGAAUACUCGGAUGACAGCUCGCAAGUCCGAGUCCGACGAGCGGGCACUGCCUGGUGCUCCUGCUAAAAAGAUGAGACCCUCCACGAUCAGCACUCUCCUGGACCUGCUUCGACAGGAGGGUCCCAAGGCCCUUUUCGCCGGUGUCCUGCCGGCACUCAUCUUAGUGAUCAACCCCAUCUUACAGUAUACAAUCUUUGAACAGUUAAAGAACGUAGUAGAACGCCGUAGGCGCAUGACGCCGAAAGAUGCGUUUUACCUUGGCGCUUUGGGCAAGAUCUUGGCAACGUCUAUUACAUACCCGUAUAUAACGGUCAAAAGUCAAAUGCACGUUGCUAGCAAGGAUGGCCCGAAGGAAACUUUGAACGGCAGUUUGAAAAGAAUCAUUAAGGAGGAAGGAUACGUGGGAUUGUAUAAAGGCAUUGGCCCGAAGGUGACCCAGAGUGCGAUUACCGCAGCCUUCCUGUUCGCAUUCAAGGAUGUUUUGUAUGACACGAUGGUAGCUAUCCGAAAGAAAGGUCGGGUGUCAAAGUAGAGGAGUAUGCUUCUUAGUUGCUGCCACUUCAGUGGCCUUCUGAACUACCCAGAAGGCGCACUGUUGCCGAUAGCGUCCACUCCCCUCAGUUUAUUGUAAAUGCUUACUAGUAUAUUCUAAGGUACUUGAGUGAGAUGCGGCUCACCGGUGCCGGCUCAGCAUAUGUGUUUUGGGGUAUCGAGUAUCCUUUGUCUUUCUAUUCUGUAUGUAAAGAAAUGAAAUAGUUUCUCCUCGUGUGUACAACAAAAAUGGCGCUUUGUAAAUACAUACAUCAUGAAUUUAAACAUAUCAUCAUGAGGCUCGGACGCUCACCGCCUUCUACUCCGGGGUAAAGAGCAGGAUGAACCCGCGCGUUCACGCGAUGCUGCCAAUUAGAAUAUCCUCCAAACUCAUGGUGAGUUCUUUUUAAAGUAGCUCUUCCCCA